GAUCUUUCUAAGCCUCAAGCUCAAUGGCACUCAAAUUUUGAGCUGCCUGUUUUUGACCUGUAGACCAAGACUCCUCAUUCCCCAGUAGAUACUGGGGCAAGAGUUCGUCUCUCUUUCUUCUCGCCGAUUCUAUAGCGAAGAGGCGAAGUUGGACGCAGCCACGGAGAGGAAGAUGGGAAGCUGCUUCGGCUGCGCCGGACAGCCAAAGACGGAGGUCAAGGACUCGUUCAGGCCUCCCUCGGACUUUGUAGGAGACAAGUCCAGGUCCAGUUCAUCCUUGAAAUCAAGGAAAGGGGCCUCAGUUAAUGAAAAGCAAGAGAUGUCAAGUAGUGGAUCAGGGUGCAUUGCUGCUCAGACAUUUACAUUCCAGGAGCUGGCUACAGCAACAAAGAACUUUAGGGCUGAUUGCCUUUUAGGCGAGGGAGGAUUCGGUCGAGUUUAUAAGGGCAGGUUGGAAAUUAGCAAUCAGAUUGUGGCAAUAAAGCAACUUAAUCGUAAUGGCAUGCAAGGAAACAGGGAAUUUCUUGUUGAAGUUCUUAUGUUGGGCCUACUCCAUCACCCAAACCUUGUUAAUCUGAUUGGUUAUUGUGCCGAAGGAGAUCAAAGGCUUUUGGUCUAUGAGUAUAUGCCUUUGGGAUCCCUGGAAGAUCAUCUUCAUGCAGACCUAUCUCCAGAUAAGAAGUGGCUUGAUUGGAAUACGCGAAUGAAAAUAGCAGCUGGUGCAGCAAAAGGAUUAGAGUAUUUACAUGACAAAGCCAACCCUCCCGUUAUAUAUCGUGAUUUCAAAUGCCCCAACAUUUUACUUGAUGAGGGUUAUCAUCCCAAGUUGUCAGAUUUUGGCUUGGCAAAACUUGGUCCUGUUGGUGAUGACACUCAUGUAUCAACUAGGGUGAUGGGUACAUAUGGAUAUUGUGCACCUGAAUAUGCAAUGACAGGGCAGCUGACACUAAAAUCAGACAUUUAUAGCUUCGGAGUUGUUCUUUUAGAGCUUAUUACUGGAAGAAAGGCCAUUGACAAUUCCAGAACUGCUGCAGAGCACAAUCUUGUUGCAUGGGCAAGACCAUUGUUCAAAGACAGGAGAAAAUUCGCACAGGUAGUCGAUCCAGUGCUUCAAGGUCAGUAUCCUCCAAGGGCUUUAUUUCAGGCACUUGCUGUUGCUGCAAUGUGUGUACAGGAGCAGCCUGCAAUGCGGCCCCUCAUAGCUGAUGUUGUAACAGCUCUCACAUACCUUGCUUCACAAACUUACAACCCUGAAAGCCAACUGAACCAGAAUGCAUCUCGUAUAUCUGCGCCCGGCACGCCUCCUCGAACAAGAAAAGCAAGCGAGAAGAAGGUAGGAGGAUACUGAGCAGAAGCCAAGCAGACAUGCUAUCCGUUAAAAUUGCAGUGUUCCUUCUAUUUGUAAUUCCCUUGUGCCUGGUGUCAGUUUUGUAUCAUAUUCGAUGCCAGAUCGGUUUCUCACUUUCGAAAAAAGAAGUUUGGUUAGUAAAGUGAUUCUUUUGUUUGUUAUACAUACACGAAAGAAAGUGUAAUGGAUAGGAGGUCUCUCGGCCAAUGCUUGCUGUUUUCUUUUGACUCACUUAUGGACGAUGCUAAUUUAACUGUGUAUAUAGUAAACUCAAGUGCUUGUGAUUAUUCUGUA